GUGACUGGAAAGUUGGUAAUCGUGGUCUUUUGGUGUUUGGUGCGUGGCCUGGGCGAUUUCUGGAGGAAGAUGUGCUUCCUUCUUAGCUCGAGCCAAACUCACAAGUCGGAGCAAUGGUCAGGGUUGCGGAGGACUACGCUUAUAGAUCGCUGGGCACCUCGUGCCUGAUGAUAGUUAUCAAAAACCUAUUUGUAAAAACUAUGACAAGCGCAUGUAUUGCUUUCUCGGCCCGAAACUCUACUCGUCGAAGAAUAGACGGCAGGGCUGUUGAUGGUGCAGUUUGGGCCAAUAUCUCGGGGGAUUCGACCGAGCCAGCUGUUCCAGGGCUGCAUGCCGCAGUCCAUCCAUCGGAGUUCAAGAGCCCUUUUGGACUUUGGAAUGCCCGGCCCGGACUGCGAAUCGACUUUACCAGAUUGAAUCUCAUGCGGAUCCUUUCUCCUUGCAGAAAACCGCCGACUUGGCUUUUCUUGGUAUCUGGAGAUCUGUUGGGGUCAUCAACUUUGUGGUUGCUCAAGGGCAUGUCGCGAGAAGGACAAAGACCGGAUCUCCGGCGAAGAGAUAUGAGCGAUGCUGCCACCAACUCACAGGAGGCGGUGGUAAACCGACAAGUCCAUGUCGAACAGCCACUUCAUCCAUCGCACAGUAGUCCGGGGCAUCUCGACUGGGCAAACUGUGAAAUGUCAAGCAGCCUUCCCCCCACACGGAGGCACGACGACCGGGUUGGCGCCAAGGCGAUGGGCACUUGCCGUCAACGGGCUGCGUCUGCGGGAAACAAUCCGGUGAUCCCUCCUGCAGACGCCCGGCUGUUCAGAGGCAUCCCCUGCCGUUUUUUUCCCGGAUUAUAGAUCCAUAGUGUUGAAAGACGUUGCCGCGGGGACGAUCACAAAGAGGCUUGUCUGAACACCGCUGACUACCCUGGUCAGUGAGGGGCUGGUGUCGGAGACGAGAUCGGAGCCCCAGGAU